AGCUUUUCCCUCCUCUUCAGUGUCUCUGAAGGGGCUGCUGCUCUGGAGGAAGAGGAGGAGGAGGAGAGGCCAGGUGGGACAAGAGUUGCCAAGUGUCAUGCAAAGUAGGGCUCCUGUACCUGCACUUGCUGGGCUGCAAGAAGAGACUUCUGCACCUACUUGCUGAGGUCUGAGGUCCUGCAUGGGAGACCCGCACAGAGUUCUUCCCCCCAAGAGAGGUGAAUGGCCAGGGGGGCACAGGAGGAAUAGGUGGAGAGUCAAUUGCCACUUCCCUUAGAAGCUGGAGCUUGAGGUUUUGGCAGUGUCGGAUCGGAGAGAAAACAAGGAGGACUCAUUUUGGCUUUGAAGCCCAGAACAAAGAUGAAGGAGCAAAUCUCAGUUGUCUCUGAAUCAGGUAAAAGCCCUGAUGUCAUCAGUGCUGGGAAUGGCAGCAAAUUCUGGGAAGGAAAUGCCCAGGAGGCCCAAGGCGAAGCCAAUAUGCGCUCAAAAGAGCACUGCCAGCACUUCAAGCAAUUCUGUUACCAGGAGUCGCAGGGUCCCCGAAAACUUUGCACUCAACUCCACAAUCUCUGCUGGCAAUGGUUGAAGCCAGAGCAACACACAAAAAGCCAAAUCUUGGACUUGGUGGUCCUGGAACAAUUUCUGGCGGCCCUUCCCCUGGAGAUGGAGAGCUGGAUUCGAGAAUGUGGAGCAGAGACCAGUUCCCAGGCGGUAGCCUUGGCAGAGGGUUUCCUCCUGAGCCAGGCAGAGGAGAAGCAGAAUAAGCAGCAGGUGGGAAGCCGGUCUGUGAUGAUCCAAUCUGAUUUCACAGUGCCCAAGAAAGUUCCAGCAGACACCAGACAGAAUCUCCAGCGAAAGGGAAACAAGCGGCACGGUGAUGGAGGAAUCACCUUGCAAGGGGCUGGAAUAAUUUCACCAGCAAAUAUCCAACCAUCAUUUCUUCACUGGAGAGGAAAAGAACCCUCUCAGGCUCCAGUGACCUUUGAGGACGUGGCUGUGUCUUUCUCAGAGGAGGAGUGGGCCCUACUGGAUCCUGAUCAGAGAGCUCUGCACAGAGAUGUCAUGGAGGAGACCUGUGCGAUCAUGGCCUCUCUUGAAAGAGAUGAAAAGCUAAUUACUGAAAUCCUCUCCAGCCGCUCAUCAGACCAGAGGCAACAAAUAAAACAGCAGUACAAGGAUCUUUGUCAACAGAAACCUGGGACUUGUGUUUUUGUGAGGCACCAACGCUCAUUGGCAGUGGAAGCUACAGACCUUAUAAAACUACAGAUCCCAAAAUUCCUUAAGAUGGAUGGCCUGGGACAGGUUACGCAACCCAGUGAUGACAAGAGGAAAACAAAUGUGUGUGCUGAAUCUGGAAAGUAUUUAAAUCGCAAAGUGGAUCUUUCCAAACAUCAGCAAUCCCCUGCAGAAGAUACUAUUAGAGAGAUGUCUUCCAAAUGCAUCAGUUGUGGAAAACAUUUUCUAAAAAAGAAGGUGCCUAUAUUGCCUAAGAGGGCCCACCCUGAAAAGAAAGUCUAUAGAUGUAAAGUGUCUGGGAGAUGUUUUGAUUGCACAUUGCAGGUUGUGAGCCACCAGAGAGUCCGCACAAGAAAGAAAUCAUACAAGUGCUACAAGUGUGGGAAACAUUUCCUUUACAACUCACACCUUCUAGUUCAUCGGAGAGUUCAUGCAGCAGAGAAACCGUACAAAUGCCAGGAGUGUGGCAAAUGUUUUAUUUUCAGUUCUAGCCUUGUGAACCAUCAGAAAGUCCACAUGGGACAGAAACCAUACAAAUGUCAAGACUGUGGGAAAUGUUUUCGUCAGAAUUCACACCUCGUGAGCCAUCGCAGAGUCCACACAGGAGGAAAACCAUACAAAUGCCAUAUUUCCCAUUGUGGGAAACGUUUUUCUGACAAUUCACACUUCAUGCUUCACAUGAGAGUCCACACAGAACUAAAACCGUACAAAUGCCAGGAGUGUGGGAAAUGUUUUCGUCAGAAUUCCAACCUUGCCAUGCAUCAGAAAAUCCACAGAAGGAAGCCACACACAUGCCAAGAGUGUGGGAAAUUUUUUGAUCACAAAUCAGACCUUGUGAAACAUGAGAGAGUCCAUACAGGAGAGAAACCAUACAAAUGCCAGGAGUGUGCCAAAUGUUUUGCGUGCAGUUCACAGGUUGUCCGCCACCAGAGAGUACAUAUAGGAGGGAAGCCGUACAAAUGCCAGGAGUGUGGGAAGUGUUUUGGUCACAAUUCAGAUCUUGUGAAGCAUCAGAGAGUCCACUCGGGAGAGAAACCAUACACAUGCCGGGAGUGUGGGAAGUGUUUUGGACAUACAUCAAGUCUUGUGAAGCAUCUGAGAGUCCACACAGGAGAGAAACCAUUCAAAUGUCAGGAGUGUGGAAAAUUCUUUUCUCAAAAUUCACACCUAGUUAUCCACCAGAGAGUUCACACAGGAGAGAAACCAUACAAAUGCGAGGACUGUGGAGCAUGUUUUGCUCACAAGACACACUUUGUGACUCACCAAAGACUCCACACAGGAGAGAAACCGUAUGAAUGCCGGGAGUGUGGAAAAUGUUUUGCUCAGAAUUCAAACUUUGUGAGGCACCAGAGAAUCCACACAGGGGAGAAACCAUACAAAUGCCUGCAUUGCCCAAAAGGUUUUGCUCACAUGGCUGACCUUGUAAAGCAUCUAAGAGUCCACACAGGAGAGAAACCAUACCGGUGCCAAGAGUGUGGGAAAUGUUUUUCCCAGAAUUCUCACCUAGUGACCCACCAAAGAGUCCACACAGGAGAAAAGCCAUACAGGUGCUCGGAAUGCGGAAAGUAUUUUGCUUACAAGUCACAAUAUGUGACUCAUCAAAGAGUUCACACAGAAGAGGAACCAUACAAAUGCCAGGAUUACACAGAAACAUUUGCUCCCAUGUCAGACCUUGUGAGUCACCCAACAGUUAAAGCAGAAGAAGACAUACAAAUGCCAGGAAUGUGGGAAAUGCUUUGGACACAAGUCAGAGACAAUCUGGCAAAAGUGAAAAAAUUGCCCUUUUGGAAGCUACCUGUCAAGAUGGGAAGGCGAAACUCUGUUGGGCUCAAGUUAGGAAAAGCCCCUCCUGCCAUUCAGGCUAAGUGGAGUGGAGCAUUCGGGGAAAGAAUGGCAAAGAAGAACUUGGAGAAGAAUGUCCUUGAUUUAGAUGUACAGUGCCAGCGCUUCCGGCAGUUCUGCUAUGAAGAGGUGGAAGGGCCCAGAAGGGUUUGUAGCCAACUCCACCAUCUCUGCUGUCAGUGGCUGAAGCCAGAGAGACACACCAAGGCUCAGAUGCUGGACCUAGUGGUCCUGGAGCAAUUCUUAGUCAUUCUUCCCCCAGAGAUGGAGUGCUGGCUGAGGGAAUGUGGAACAGAAACCAGUUCCCAGGCAGUAGCUCUGGCAGAAGGUUUGCUUCUGAGUCGAGCCAAAGAAGAAAACGAGAAAGAGCAGCAGGUCAUGUUUGUGGAAGAGAUGGCUAAGGCAGAAAAGUGUCUUGAGACCAUGUGGAUCAUGCCGGAUGGGGACAGAGUCUCUGCCUCAGUGGGGGAUGGAACAAGGACACAACCAACAUGUAUUAGUUCAUCUUUUGGUUUUGAUGGUCUUGAUGCAGCUUCAGUGAGACUGGAUCAGGUGAUCUUUGAGGAAGUGGCUGUGAAUUUCACAAAGGAAGAGUGGGCUCUGCUGGACCCAAGCCAAAGAGCUCUUCAUAGGGAAAUGAUGGAAGAGAAUUUCAGGCUUGUGUUCUCUCUAGAUGGUGAUUGGAAAUUGGGUGAGAAUGAAGGGGAACCAUGCAGGAGAUUGUUCAAAAGAGUCAGAUGGAAACAGAUGGAACAGAAAGGAAGAAACACUGAAGCUUAUGGGAGAAGUAGGAACAAAGCCUCUGCUUUCCAAGGUGGGGAGGUCUGUGGAAUCUCAGUCCAAGAAAGGACACAACGGGGAAAGAAAAGGAAUGCAUGUACUUGUCUACUAUGUGGAAGAAGCUUCCAUUGUAAACAAAGCCUUGAUUCCCAUAUGAGAACUCACACAGGGGAGAUGGCUUUCAAAGCUGGUGAGUAUGGAAGCCUCACCAGAGUUAGGAAAGACCUCAUUUCCCAUCAGAGAAAUCAGAUGAGCCACAAACCAUCUGAAUCCUCAGACUGUGGAAAGAGCUUCAUUGAGAAAAUGCAGCUGACUUGUCAUCAAGCAGCUCACACAGGAGAGAAACCAUUUCAGUGCUUAGAAUGUGGGAAAAGUUUCACUCAGAAGGCACACCUCACUUUUCAUCAAAGAACUCAUUCAGGAGAUAAGCGAUUUCAAUGCUUGGAGUGUGGGAAGAGCUUCAGUUGGAAAAGAAGCAUGAAUCGUCACAGAGUAUCUCACACAGGGAAGAAACCUUUUAAAUGCUCAGAAUGUGGCAAGGACUUCUGUCACAAGGCACACCUUAUUCGGCACCAAGCAACUCACAGAGUGGAGAAACCAUUUAAAUGCUUGGACUGUGGAAAGGGCUACAGUCAGAAGUCGCUUCUUGUUUGUCAUCAAAAAGUUCACACAGGAGAGAAGCCAUUUAAAUGCUUGGAGUGUGGGAAGAGCUUCAUUCGAAGGACACAUCUUAUUUGUCAUCAAAGAGUCCAUACAGGAGAGAAACCAUUUAAAUGCUUGGAAUGUGGAAAGGACUUCAGUCAAAAGUCACUCCUCCUUCGUCAUCAAACCAUUCACACAGGGAAGAAACCAUUUAAAUGCUUGGAGUGUGGAAAGAGCUUCUGUCAGAAGACAGACCUCACCUGUCAUCAAAGAGUUCAUACAGGCGAGAAACCAUUUCAGUGUUUGGAGUGUGGAAGAAGCUUCAGUCGGAAGACACACCUCGCUUAUCAUCAAAGAAUUCACACAGGAGAGAAACCAUUUAGAUGCUUGGAGUGUGGAAAAAGUUUCAGCCAAAAGGCAUACUUCAUUUCUCAUCAUGCAUCUCACACAGAGGAAGAACCAUUCAAAUGGUUGGAGUACGGAAAGAACUUGACUCAGAAGACAGACCUCACUUGUUCUCAAAAUGGUCAUACAGGAGAGAAGCCCUUUCAGUGCUUGGAAUGUGGAAAACAUUUCAGGCUGAAGAUACACCUCACUAGGCAUCAAACAGCUCACACUGGGGAAAAACCAUUUAAAUGCUUGGAGUGUGGCAAAAGCUUUUGCCGGAAGAGGGACCUCACUUGUCAUCAGAGAGUUCAUACAGGAGAGAAACCAUUUGAAUGCUCAGAGUGUGGAAAGAACUUCAGUCGGAAAGCUCACCUCACUUGCCAUCAAAGAAUACACACAGGAGAGAAGCCAUUUAAAUGUUUAGAGUGUGGAAAGAGUUUCAUUCAGAAGAUACACCUGAUUUGCCAUCAAGCAACCCACACAAGAGUGUAGCAGUUAAAUGAGAGCAAGCAAAAGAGGUGACAUGGUCUUGCCAUCAGAUUCUGGGUUGAUCUGGGACCCCUGAGGGCUGCAAAAUGUUGUCAGGACUGCCAUUUUAGGUUGAGUGGAAAUGACAUUGCAUCCACCAUUUUGUGCCAAUAGAAGUGCCAUUCCAGUCUCCUUUGGAAACAUUGAAGUGGCAUGGCUUUUGUAGUUCUUGGAUGGGAGGAUACCUAAUACAGCAUUUUAUAGCCCUGUGUUUGCCUGUAAAGCAGACUGCUAGGACCGUCAUUGGAUGAGUGAGGGUCCCAAAGAUCAUACUGGUUCUUCCAUGUCUGCAGCCACACAAUUGCCUAUUGCUGCUUUUCAUUUAAACACUUGAGAGUAUGGAAAAAACUCCCUUAAGAAGAUAGUCUCAAGUAACAUUAAGGAGUUCACAUGUACAGGGAACCAUUUAAGUACUGGAUAUUUGGGAAGAGCUGUAGUAGGAAGAGAUCCCUUAUUUCAUACGAAAGAACUGACAACCAAUUUUUUUGUCAGAAAAAAAGCCCUGAUAAUUUUAUUCCAACUUUCUUGGCAUUCAGAGACAUAGCUGUGUUAGUCUGGAAUAUCAUUAUACAAGGAGAUCUUGUAGCACCUUUGAGACGAAUUGUGCAAAAGAAGUUGUCGCACAAGCUUUUGUAGACUGGUUCUGCUUGCUCAGAUGUUUUCUUUCAACUUUGUUAGAAUUGUUGUAAACAAUACAGAAUCUGUUAAUGCUAUGUCAGAUAAAAAUUAAGUCAAAAUACUUACAGUAAUGAUCAGGCAGAUAGGUUUGUUUCAAGUUUUUGUUGACCAGGUCAUGUAAAAUUAUUAGAAUCAUAGAAUCAUAGAGUUGGAAGACACCACAAGGGACAUCCAGUCCAACCCCAUUCUGCCAUGCA